AGGGGAAACGGAGGGGGGGGGCGUGCUUCGCGCUUCCAAGGUGGGCGUGGCCACCCGCCGUUUCCUUUGUGUGUGGGCCCUAGUCGCCGGCUGCGAGCGCGCCUAAGGAGGAGUGGAAGCCGCCAUUUUGUGCAUUUUCCUUUUCCCCACCCCCUUUUUUCCCCGUUCUCUACCGGUGGCAGCCUAGGCCUUCGGGUGGCCCUCCGAACCGACCUCGUAGCGCACCCGCCGGUGUACUGGUAGGCUGCAGCUGCCCCCUACCGGCGGCAGCGGCGAGUAGGCGGCGUGUGGCGGGCCGCGGCUCCGGCAUGGAGAACUCCCAGCUGUGUAAGCUGUUCAUUGGCGGGCUGAACGUGCAGACGACGGAGGCCGGGCUGCGGGAGCACUUCGCGGCCUACGGGACCCUGACUGACUGCGUGGUGGUGCUGAACCCGCAGACCAAGCGCUCCCGAUGCUUCGGCUUCGUCACGUACUCGGCGGUCGAGGAGGCCGACGCCGCCAUGGCAGCUUCUCCGCACGCGGUGGACGGCAACGCCGUGGAACUGAAGCGGGCCGUCUCCCGCGAGGACUCGGCCCGGCCGGGGGCGCACGCGAAGGUGAAGAAGCUCUUCGUCGGAGGCCUCAAGGGGGACCUGGGCGAGAACGACCUGGUGGAACACUUCAGCCAGUUCGGCCCCGUGGAGAAAGCCGAGAUCAUCUCCAACAAGCAGAGCGGCAAGAAGCGCGGCUUCGGCUUCGUCUACUUCCAGAACCACGACGCCGCCGACAAGGCCGCCGUGGUCAAGUUCCACCCCAUCCAGGGCCACCGCGUGGAGGUCAAGAAGGCCGUGCCUAAGGAAGACAUCCAGGGCGGCGGCGGCGGGGGCUCCUCCAGGUCGAGCGGUGGCGGACGGGGGCGAGGAAGGGGAGGCGGAGGCAACCGGGACCACAACGGGCUCUCCAAAGGAGGCGGCGGCGGCGGCGGCUAUAACAGUUAUGGUGGCUACGGCGGAGGAGGAGGCGGCGGGGGCUACGGAUCCUACGGAGGCGGCUCAUACGGUGGAGGAGCCGGCGGCGGCGAUUACGGCAACGGGUACGGCGGCUUCGGCAGCUACAGCCAGCACCAGUCCUCCUACGGCCCCAUGAAGAGCGGCGGCGCGGGGGGCGGAGGCGGCGGCGGCUGGGGCCCCCGCAGUAACAGUGGACCAUACAGAGGCGGUUAUGGUGGGGGAGGUUACGGCGGCUCCUUCUAAGCGGGAAAUGCCCAUUACUGUUCUGGGGGUGUCGGUAUUGUCUGCAUGGAGUAUGCCCUCUGUUGUACCGGGCCAGGUUCUUAAUAGUUCCCCUACUCUUCGCCCUAAGGGGGCACCUCCGUACGAAAAGGCUCCCU